AUGCCACCCAAGACCAGGCAGGACAAGGGAGGAGAGUUGGGCCUGCAGUUGGAGCCAGAGCCAGAUGGUGCCCCAAACCUCAACUCCUUCUACACACGGUUUGACACCAUCAACUGCACAGAGCAAUGCAAGGCAUCACUGGAGACCCUACCCAUCACAGAGCCAGCAUACCCCGUUCCCUUCACAGUGGAGGAUGUAUGCCAGCAGCUAAGUCAGUGUAAGCCGGGCAAGGCCCCAGGACCAGAUAGCAUCCAGGCAAGGGUGCUCAAGGAAGACAGCGACUAUAGUGAGAACAGCAGUGACUACCAGAUGCAGUUGGUGAAUGUAGAUCCAGUGAGAAGGACCAUUUCAAUGACAUUGUUUCACAUUUCUGUUUUGCCCUUUAUCUACAUCAACUUCCUCUUGUUUUUUGUAUUCUGUAGGAGAGAAGCUUUUCGAUCAGAGACACGAUACAUAUUGUUUGCACAAACUGUGCUGGUGGACUUAAUUUUUCUUAUAUUGACAGAUUUUGUGGUGGUUCUUUCGUAUACUUUCACACUUACGCCACUGUUGUUUUGUAUCCCAUUAUGCAUUAUGAUGGAGAUGGCCUCAAACUGUACACCAUUAACCAUCACCGCUAUGUGUGUGGAGCGUUAUGUGGCCAUCUGCAUGCCACUCAGACAUGAUGCUAUUUCUACCACCAACAGGACAAUGAUUUUGAUCCUUGUGAUUUGGAUCUUAAGCUCCUUCAAUCCAUUUGUGGAUCUUUUCAUUCUCACAGCCACAUCUUCACAGGAGUACUUAUCACAAAUCACUUUUUGCCACUAUGAAAUAAUGACACCACAGGACUGGCAUCGCAACAUGAGGGGUAUUUUCUACUUUUGUACAUUAGUGUUCACUUUUGCGAUUGAAGUCUAUUGUUUUGUGAUGAUUACAUUAGCUGCACAAGCUGCUUCUGGUGGCAACAAAAAGUCAGCAUCAAAAGGACAACGAACCCUUGCACUGCAUCUCCUUCAGCUUUUCUUGUGCUCAGUAGAAGCAAUAUGUCCCUACACUGAAGCCUUUGUUAUAGAGAUUGACUUUGAGUUGUUUUUGACAGUUCGCCUUUUCAAUUUCAUUGUGUUUGGCACAAUCUCCAGGGCAGUGAGUCCACUUCUUUAUGGCCUUAAAGAUGAGAAGUUUUAUUCAGCACUCGUUCAAUAUACCUGCUGUAAAAUGAAUCACACCUCAUCAGAAAAAGAAAAAUAA